CCGACCUGUCUCGACUUCCAGAUCGAAGAUGGCGGUCUCGGUGUUUCCCGGCGUGCGGCUCCUCUCUAUCGGAGACGCGAAUGGAGACAUACAGCGGCACUCCGAGCAGCAGCCGCUGCGGCUAGAGGUGAAAACCACGACAGACGCUGCCCUCAUCAAUCUCUCCAAUGGAGAGGAGGCGAGUGUGUUCAAGUGUUCCGUUUCCAGGGAGACCGAGUGCAGCCGCGUGGGGAAGCAGUCGUUCAUCAUCACGCUGGGUUGCAACAGCGUCCUGCUGCAGUUCUCCUCACCGGCAGAAUUUCAGUCUUUUUAUAAUCUCAUGAAGAACUGUCGCGGGCAUCUUAGUGAGCAGUCAGUCUUCAGCGACAGAACAGAGGAGUCCUCUGCUGUACAGUACUUCCAGUUUUAUGGCUACCUCUCCCAGCAACAGAACAUGAUGCAGGACUACGUUCGGACAGGGACUUAUCAACGGGCUAUUCUCCAAAACCACAAUGACUUCAAGGACAAAGUGGUGCUGGAUGUUGGUUGUGGCUCGGGGAUCCUCUCUUUCUUUGCAGCUCAAGCCGGAGCCAGGAAGGUCUAUGCUGUGGAGGCCAGCACCAUGGCACAGCAUGCCGAGGUGCUGGUGAACAGUAACCGUUUAGGCGAGCGUGUGGUCGUCAUCCCGGGGAAGGUGGAGGAGGUGACACUGCCAGAGCAGGUUGACAUCAUCAUCUCAGAGCCAAUGGGCUACAUGUUGUUCAAUGAGCGAAUGCUGGAGAGCUACCUGCAUGCCAAGAAGUUCCUCAAACCAAACGGUAAAAUGUUCCCCACCCUCGGUGACGUCCACCUUGCUCCCUUCACAGAUGAGCAGCUCUACAUGGAGCAAUUCACCAAGGCCAACUUCUGGUACCAGCCCUCGUUUCAUGGCGUAGACCUCUCUGCCCUGCGGGGGGCAGCUGUGGAUGAGUACUUCCGCCAGCCAAUCGUGGACACAUUCGAUAUCCGUAUUCUGAUGGCCAAAUCGGUCAAAUACACAGUGAACUUCCUGGAGGCCAAAGAAGAUGAUCUUUACAGGAUAGAGAUUCCCUUUAAGUUCCACAUGAUGCACUCUGGCCUGGUACACGGCUUAGCUUUCUGGUUUGAUGUGGCAUUCGUGGGAUCCAUGGUGACAGUAUGGCUGUCCACAGCCCCCACAGAGCCUCUCACCCACUGGUACCAGGUGCGCUGUCUGCUGCAGUCUCCCCUCUUCACCAAGGCUGGGGAUACACUAUCUGGAACUGCCACGCUGAUGGCCAACAAGAGACAAAGCUACGACAUCAGUAUUGUUGCCCAGGUGGACCAGACAGGAUCAAAGUCCAGCAACCUCCUGGACUUGAAGAACCCCUUUUUCAGGUACACAGGCACCACCCCCAACCCUCCUCCUGGCUCACACUACACUUCCCCAUCUGAAAAUAUGUGGAACACAGGUGGAGCCUACAGCAUGAAUCAGGGGAUGGCUGUAUCAGGGAUGCCUGCAGCUUAUGACCUCAGUACAGUCAUUGGCGGCGGCCCGGCAGUGUCUCACAACAACCUCAUCCCCUUAGUGAACACCGGGAUUGUAAACCACACCCACUCCAGGAUGGGCUCCAUCAUGAGCACAGGGAUUGUGCAGGGUACGUCCAGCUUAACAGAAACGAACAGUGAAAUCAGAGCCACAACAGGACAGUCGGGCCCAAGCAGCAGUGGUUCUUACUAUCCCAUCACCAACCAGUUCACAAUUGGCGGCGCUGCCAUCUCCAUGGCCUCACCUAUGGUCAUCCCCAGCAACACCAUGCAUUACGGCAGUUAAGACAAGGACUCCGCAAAGACCUCUUCAGCGUCCCCAUCCCCCCCGCAUGACAAGAGAUCCCCAACCCCUCCCAGUGGAGCUCCUGUCUACCACCCCCUCUACCCUUCCACCCUGACUGAUCCUCCAUUCGCAGCCAAUACCAAUAUACCAAAACCAGUGCCGCGCUGGCACCCCCCCCCUCGUUCGUCAACCACAUUCUACUCCGUUCAGCCCAUCACAAUAUGAACUAUAUAAACGGUCAUACACUCGUAUCCGUCCAGACUCUUGUCUUGCUAGCACCCGAAACCUCCUUUGCCCUUUCUCCUCCUGGGACUGCAACCCAUGCACAGCUGAGCUGCACAGCCGUUAUCACUUAUCCCCCUCCUGGGUUUUCACCCUCCUUACUGUCUCAAUCCCUCCACCCCCCUUAUCAGGAGGAUCCCAGAGUGUUUCCCCCAAUGUACCUGUUGCCAGAUACCAGCAUCAGUCCUUUCCCACAAUUCUCCUCACCUCUGUACCACAUCUUUGCUGAAGUGUUGCAUUAGUGCAGUAGGACACUAUUAUCAUCAUCAACACUGCUCUGAGCUGCCAUCUUGGCUUUUCAUAUCGGAUACAAAUACAUGUCCUUAGCCUUUGUGCACAAGAGACUCAUGCCAGACAAGUGGCAGUUCACACAAAUCACGUUUCCCUUGUUUUCUCCGUGUCGAUGAUUCAUUUUGUCAGCAGAGGCUGAUAUAUCAGAAAACUGCAGCUUAUCUACAUACAGUGGCACCCUGAGGAGGAUGCAGAAAAUGUGCUUUUUCCUGUAACUCAGACAAACUAACCAUCCAAGUUCUUCUCAUAAUCCUGUGUGUUUGUACUUGACAGUAAUUAUGUUGCUUUUCACUGAGGUUCACAUAUAUAUCAUGUUUUGGGAGAACGCUGGUCACCUUCCAUGCCUAGUGAUGAGGGAAAAGCAUCACAUUUAUCUGUGUCUGAAAUAGAAAGUCAAUGAGAUGAAACAGGCUGUAAAACUUAUCUUAUUGCUAUGAAAGACACCGGCUGACAUUGUUAAUAUACAAGUAAAGAUUAGUGCAGCCUUAAGUAUACUGUAAUGUGGUUUCCCUAAAACCUGAAAGUUUUUAAGUUUAUAUCUUUAAAAUGUGAACCUUUAAAAAAUAGAAUAAUGCAGCUGUUUUCAGGCCAGUUGUGUUGUUCUUAGCCAACAAUCAGCUGGGUCCAGGGUCCGCAACGCAAGAGUCCUGUCCUCAUACAUGCUGUGGGGUUGCCAGGUUUGAAAAGCAUUUCAAAGUGAACAAAAAGCCAGGUGACACUUUCUAUUCUUACUAAUUAAAAAAGGGACUUUCUUAAAGUUGGAACUUGUAUGAUCUGACAGAGCGAGGCUGUACUGGACACACUCAAAUUAUGAAAAAUGUGUCUUUAAGCCCCUUGAUUGGUGUGGCACAAUGAACUGUACAACACUGUCAGUGUCUUCUUUAAUCAUUCUUGGUGUCGCCCUUAGUUUUACACAAAGCGACGGUAGUAGUUUGGUGUAGUGAAAAAUUAGACUGCGUGGAAGAUGACCAAUAGGAAAAGUCUCCCAAAAACUUGCCUUUCCUUAUGCUAGAACACUGUAGUCCAGGAAACCUGAAACAAGCCUCCUGCCGCUCCCAGCACCCGCCCUCCCAGCACAUGAACUUUUUCCUUUGGCCAAGAGGACACUGCAGCAGCUCCUCCCCAGCCAGUCGUGUGUCGAUCCAGGUUACUCCAGCAGUUCGACGGGGGAGAUUUGGAGGAUGAGCCUGUAAGGACCAAUAACCCAGGCUGCAGCCCACUGGCUGCUGGAGUGAGAGAAGCUGUGCUGGAUUUGGCAGCGUCCUAGUUUACAUCCUUGUUUCCUUCCCCUCUGCUUCCUCCUUUGAGACUGUGAGACUGUCAAAAAGAGACUUCAUUGCUGAGGCAUGGGACACAGGGCCUGUCCAUCAUCUCCCUCCUUCGGUUCACUAUAUACGACCGCCAGCAUAUCAUGACCCCAAGACACCCUUGUCCCCUUUUAUUAGUCAAGGAGAGAAAGACUGACACAUGUAUGCAUUGCUUCCAGUGUCUACUACUGGACUUUGUUCAUUUGAAUUUAUGAGUUGGCAAGUUUUAAGAGCUGAGGAAAAAAAUGUCUCUUUGUAGAAUUAAUCUUUUUUGUUGUCUCUAUUUUGUUAAUUUUUUCUGUCACAAAAACCAACAAUUAAAAAAAAGAGCAAAUUAAAUGUGGUGGAGAUAAUCCAAUCCCCAUUCUGGAA